AUGUCUACAAAAAUGGCUCAAGCACUAAUUAUGCAAAAUCUAGAUGCUGCUGAUAAAUCUGUCCAGGCACUUUUAUUGGAGCUCAUUGCUACCAAGGAACUAAGGAUAUCCAAUAUCAAAUACAAUGUACCAAAGCCAUCUUUUUUGGUAAUAGUCGUAUUAGCGCAGGGAUAUAAUCGAUUAUCUAUUUUGCCUCACUUGGAAAUAAAAAAUUUAGCCGAGGACGCAGCUAAGGUUCAUGUUAAUAUUGAUAUCACUCGUUAUAUUCGAGAUAUUGUGGUCGGUAUCAGAACACAUCCUCGAAUCAAAGGCGGAGUAACAGCAAGAUGCAGUCAGGAUCUGGUUACUGUUACAAAAUCACUUGCUGUACUUUUUAAACGAGAUUUUAUAACCCCCGAUUUAGUUACCAUUGCUGCCGAAAAAGUAUUCAAUCAUCGUUUACGUGUACUAGCAAUCAAUACUAGUGAUGACCAAAUGGAAAGAGAAGAUAUGGAUACUAAUAUACCAUCAAACAUUGUUACCGAAAUACUUCGAGUUAUUUAUGUUCCUGUCUAA